UAUUUGCGUAAUCAACCGGCAAACGCAAAAAGAGUUCACACAAAAUAAGUUUCGGGGAUUUUAUAGUUAUAUUUGUUUGAUCGAGCUAAUUUCUUGAGAAUGUGGUUAUUUAUUGUUCUCACACUAAACGCCUUACUUGGCUGUCAAGUUUUAUUGUCGGAGGCUAAGUUACAGGAGGGAGAAUGCGAAGUUUGUAUAAAGUUCCUGUCAAAUUUUGCAAGUAAACUUUCAAGUGAUGAGAUGUCUGACGUGAAAGCAAUUGAGGAAAAGUUCAAAGCUACCUGCAAAAAAGCAAAGAACAAAGAAAACAGAUUUUGUUACUAUGUUGGAGGAACUGAAGAUGCUGCUACUAGUAUUCUUAAUUCAGUCCUUAAACCUCUGAGCUACCACAAACCUGCAGAGAAGAUCUGUGAGGACCUUAAGAGAAAAGACAGUCAAAUUUGUGCGCUGCAGUAUGACAAACAGAUUGACCUCAACAAUGUUGACCUGAAGAAACUCCGAGUUAAGCAGCUCAAGAAGAUUCUUAGUGACUGGGAAGAAGAAUGUGUGGGAUGUUUAGAGAAAUCAGACUUUAUCAAGAGGAUUGAACAACUUAAAAGUGAACAUACAGAACUCUGAUAACUUUAGCUUGUAGAAAGUUAUACAAUUUAUCUUGUAAAAUGAAUGACCUUGUACUCCUUGAUGUCGUUACAAGAUGAGCUGGAGGGUUGUUGUCUUACCUAAUUUAAGGCAGGGUGUUCAGUGUUAAUUAGUUUGCGCAGACAUCAUUUUUUUCUGUGAUUUAUACUGUGCAGAAGGGAGGGGUGGUGGUACCCAACAAAGUUUUGAAAAAACACUGUCUUACCCUCUCCCAAUAUACUCCUCUACUAAGAUAGAAACACUUUUUCUCUUUCUGCAUAUGAAAAGUUACAAUUGAUAUUUCAAGGCUAAAUUUAUGUAUGCUUCCUGGAGGUAGCUUGUAAUUACAAAGAAUAAGGCACUUGGUUUAUAAAUGAA